AUGCCUCCCAAAAAACAACACCACGACGAAACGCAGUCAGUAAAGGAGAAGCUGCAGGGCUCGCGCAACCCGCGCAAUGGCAGAGCGACGGUGCUGAAUGGGAGCGCUCUGAAGGAGGUGGACAAUGCAUCAGUCCACAGCGGACAGACGUCCAGCGACUCCAAUCCGUCGAAUAUCAAAUGGGCGUCGCAAGACACGUCUGUGCUACACAAUUACCGGCGCGCGUACCGCCUCGACACCCCCUCUACGUUCAAGAACCCGCUCAGUCACGUCGUCCUCGGCCAAGGCAUCGGGCGCUUCUCUCCAACAAUGGCCCAGCCCAAGUCCAAACGAAGAGUGCACAAGGACCAGGUAGCCAUGGCAGUGCGCAGACACUUCAACGCGCUCGGCGUGACAGAGUCUGAUGUCAUUGUCGACUGGCUGUACAAGUCAAAACACCAAGGUACGGCGCGCCACGUCGCUGUCGACGAGCGCGGCAGCUAA